GUGUGUUCGGUAUUUGCGUGAGAUUAUUCGGAUAACCGGGUCGACGAUGGUUUAGUUAACUGUAUAGAAUAAAACAAAUAGUUUAAAUCAAAGUGUUUCACAUUUGGACAAGUUACCGUGUAACAUGUCUUCAGCCACGUGACAUUAUUUGUCUCAGCGGAUUCUUCGAAUGCCACCAAACAGUGAGCAAGCAUACACCCAUCGAGAGCUCAAUGAGUGAUGAACCCAUUUUGGAGCAUGUCGACAAACGCUGGUCGUAAGAGAUCUGAUGGUGAGGAGCAGGGUGGCCAAGGGGAGCAGAGAUCCAGUCCAGCUCGUCCUCCGUUUGGUAAAAAGCAGCUUCCCUCCAUCCCAAAGAAUGCCGUCCCCAUCACUAAAGCCGCCUCGCCGGCCUCCUCUACACAGUCUGCCAAUGGCACCCAUGCCUCAUAUGGCCCUUUUUACCUGGAGUACUCGCUGCUCGCCGAGUUCACAUUGGUGAUCAAGCAGAAGCUCCCUGGCAUCUAUGUACAGCCUUCAUACAGAUCAGCACUAAUGUGGUUUGGUGUAAUUUUCAUUCGACAUGGCUUGUACCAAGAUGGUGUGUUUAAGUUCACUGUCUACAUUCCUGAUAACUACCCAGAUGGAGACUGUCCUAGGGUUGUUUUCGACACCCCAGUUUUCCACCCGCUAGUGGACCCGGUCUCUGGAGAGCUGGAUGUGAGGAGAGCUUUCACCAAAUGGAGGCGAAACCAUAAUCAUAUCUGGCAGGUCCUUAUGUACGCCCGCACAAUCUUCUAUAAGAUCAACACCAUGGAUCCACUCAACCCAGAGGCUGCAGUGCUGUAUGACAAAGACAUCCAGCUCUUCAAAAGCAAGGUGGUAGACAGUGUCAAGCUAUGCAAUAGUCACCUGUUUGAUCAGCCCAAGAUAGAUGACCCUUAUGCAAUAAGCUUCUCUCCGUGGAAUCCAGUGGUGCAUGAAGAGGCAAAAGAGAAGAUGUUUGCACAUAAACGGCGGCCAGAGGAUUAUAACAAAGGACUGCCGGUGUCUGGGCUGUCUUGGGUGAAGCCUGGUUCUACUCAGCCUUUCAGCAAAGAGGACAACCCCCUUCAGACUUGAACAUUCAGUGCUUCAGUCUGUCAACCAAGGAGGGGCGCUACGCUACUGUGGCUGCGUCGAACCGCAUAUAUAGAAUACUGAUGCAGUUCUAUGAACUUCAUCUUCAUUCGCAAAACCCUCGCUCAGCUUUAAAAGAAAACUGUUUUAAACCGCUAUAAUGGCUUAAGAAUUAUAGACCUGUUCCCAGUAUAGAUCUAAAGACCCCACUCGUUCAUUUCAGUGCUGAGGCUUGAACGCACAGACAACACGGUGAUGGUUCUAGUCAGUACCGUUACUUGCACAUGUUAAUGUUUUCAGGCACUACAAACCACCUCACUUAUUUGUGUAGGUCAUGCUCUUCUAAUUGAUAAACUUGGUUUUCGAACUAAUAAUUUGAUGGAUUUAAUACAUUUCCCCCAUUAUUUUCUUUUCCCUACAAACUUGGUUAAGUUAUUUCAAACAUACAUUUGCAGACUGGGACAGAACGCUUUGAUUUUGCGUCUUGAUGUAUUUGGGUUGAGGUUGUUUUUUGUGCGUGUAAUAUCCUGUGUAUGAAAUGGUUUUAAUGUAAAAUACAGAGCAAGCCAAAUACUACUCAUUAAGACACCAAGUUAAUCCUUAUUGUUCAGUAAUGUUAUAAAUUUUUAUUGUGUCCUGACUCCUAACGGUUUGAUCUAAAUGGGUUUGAUGUGUAAAUAGUGGAGCAGUUCAAUGAAAUGAAUGACCUCUAUAGAGUCCAUAGCUCUCAUUUAUUUAUCUAGAAAUUUACGAUGGUUUAAAUUUGAGAAAUUUUGCUGUUUUACAAUGCUUUUUUUUUUUAAAGUUUAUUUUGGACAUUUUCAGUAAGAAUACUGAUGUGAGCUCAGCUGUGUAAGUAAUGUA